CUUCCCACUCAUCGACUUCCAAGAUUUCUACUAUUUAGGACGGUUGAUGUGGCAGCAGCACCGAUCGCCAUACAAUCCUGUCGAGAUACGGCAUUUCCUCUCUCGCUUCGGUCCAAGUUUCUCUCGCUGCAAUCCUUCUGUAAACAGAUAGCAUGUCUUCUCCGACAGCAGCCAUGGCCGGUAGUUGCUUCGCGACUGCCAAGGCCUUCUUGCGAUCGUACCCUGAGGUCCUCCUCUCUAUCUUCUGCUUCGUCUUCUUCUGCUACUUCGGCCGGGUCUUUAGGAGGUCGAGCUUCCCGGUGGACUGGCCGCUCGCCGGGAUGCUCCCGGGGCUUCUGCUGAACCUCGACCACCUCCAUGAUUGGUGCACCGACCUCCUUAGGGUGGUCGGGUGCAACUUUUUCUUCCGCGGCCCGUGGUUCUUGGGCAUGGACUACCUGUUCACUUGCGACCCCGCCAAUCUGCAACACGUCUUCAGUGCGAACUUCUCGAAUUACCCAAAGGGCGGGGAGUUUUCGGAGAUCUUCGAUAUCCUCGGCGAUGGCAUCUUCAACUCCGACGGCGAGUCGUGGAAGAAGCAGAGGAUGAAGGCCCACGGCCUCAUGAACGGCGGCAGGUUCCGGUCCUUCGUUGCCAGUUCUAUUCGAAACAAGGUGGAGAAAGGACUGAUCCCACUCGUGGACGAUGUCGUGCGACGAGGGGCGGUGGUGGACUUGCAAGAUGUGUUCAUGAGGUUGACCUUCGACGCCACUUCCUACUUGGUUUUCGGCGUCGAUCCAUGUUGCCUCUCCAUCGGGUUGCCAACAGUCCCGUUCGCGAGAGCCAUGGACGACGCCAUGGGCGCCUUGUUGCUCCGGCAUACGGUACCGCCGGCCUGGUGGAAGUUGGCGAGAUGGCUGGGGAUCGGGGACGAGAAGAAGUUGGCGAUGUCAUGGAAGGUAAUAGACCGUUAUAUAGCGGAAAGCAUCGCGGAGAAGAAGAAACUAAGAAGCCUCAGGAAUAAAAAAGACGUUGGAGGCGAAGCAAAAGCCGAUCUACUAUCGUCUUACAUCAACGACGACGACGAUGAAGAGCAGCAAGACAGCCAUCGACAAGGAUCGACCGAGUUCGACAAGUUCGUCCGUGACACCGCCAUGAACUUCAUGCUUGCCGGGAGGGACACAACUGGUGCAGCGCUCACAUGGUUCUUCUGGCUGCUCUGCAAAAAUCCCGUGGUGGAGUCCAAGAUCCUCGAGGAAUUGAGCUCGACACCCUUGCGAAAACAGAGAUCGAGUUCCAAUGAUAUGACCAUAUUCGACACCGAGGAGCUGAGCAAGUUGGUCUAUCUGCAUGCAGCCCUCUGCGAGUCGCUCAGGCUGUUCCCUCCCGUUCCCUUCGAGCACAAGGCAGCUCUGCGACACGAAAUCCUCCCGAGUGGACACAGAGUUGAAGCAGGCACAAAGAUCUUGGUCUCCCUGUACUCGAUGGGAAGGAUGGAAGGGAUAUGGGGAAAGGACUGCUUGGAGUUCCGGCCCGAGAGAUGGAUCUCGGAGAAGGGGCGGGUGCGGCACGAGCCAUCUUACAAGUUCAUGCCGUUCAAUUCGGGCCCCAGGACCUGCCUAGGGAAGGAAGUGGCCUUCACUCAGAUGAAGGCAGUGGUGGCUGCCAUGGUCUACAACUUCCAAGUUCAAGUGCUUCCAGGUCAUGUGGUCGAGCCAAAGCUUUCAAUCAUCCUUCACCUGAAAAAUGGCCUGAGGGUGAAGAUCAAGAGGAGAGCUGGUGAUGAUCAACAACAGUAAUGUUUGUUCUAUGGAACUCAGUAAGUGCUUGCAUCUUUGAUUUUAGCUUGUUAAUCAAGUGUGCCUGCUUGUACUGUUAUCCUGUUAAAGUUAAGCUAAAUAAAAUGCAAUUUGCAAGACAUAAA